UUAAUUUCUUAUUUUCGUUACAUUAUUUUUCUAUAUUUUCAUGCACGGUUGGUAAGGCUGGAAAUAUCUUUAUCGUUACAAGGAAACAUUUUGUGUUUCUAUGAAAGUAUUUGCCUUUAUAAAGCAACAAUUAUUAGAAGGUACAGUACAGUUAAGUUUACAUAUUAUAUUUCCGGACAUGGUUGCUUAGUAAACCAGCGGGAUCCAUAAAACAGAAGCCCGGACUCAUUAAUUUAUCUAUGAAUUAUUAAGGCCUUAUUAUGUUUUAACGCAAAAGCGAUUUUGAUUAGUCCCAUUAGUGUGCUAUGUUGUUGGGUCUUAGCUUGAUCAGUCAUCGUUUGAGUAAACUCAAGGUGGCUGUAAAAGACCUGAUGUUUCUACAAUUUUUCUACCUGGUUUGGCAGUGUGCAGCGGCGUCCGCUACUUUGCAGACGAAUUUCUCUGUCGAGCGCAAGCCACCGCUUUUACGAGGGGAAACAGUGACGCUACUUUCGUACUUGAGCCAUGGUCUCACCGGAAAUUCAGCGGUUGAAGGGAAUAUCACAUGGAAACUUGCAGAAUUCUUGACCUUCCAAUCCAGCCAAUCACUACCGGGCUCUAAGUCGCCUGAUCGGGUGACGUCACUUGGAAAUGAAGUCACAAUCAAGUUCACAGGGGUAACAUCCGCUGACCAGCUACACGUGCUGGUGAACGUUACCAUCGACUUGGCGGAAUCUCUGAAAAAAGAUAAGUUCUAUCACGUGUCCAAUGACGUCACGGUGACAUACCGAACAAAUGACACGUGCAGUAGGGAGAAGAAAAUACUGAAAUUGGUUCAGCUUGCUUUUUAUAGCCCAGCAUGCAGUGACUUUUUGGCCCUCGGGAUGGAGAAUGGGAAGAUACAAGACAGUCAGAUAACUGUGACGUCACUGCUCCCUAACACGUCCGCACACGUGGCCAGGUUACAUAGUGGGUCUGCAUGGACGCCGAUGACGUCACUGGAGCAUCGCGGCGCUCUCGUCACGCUGCCAAUCAACUACCUACAGAUUGAUCUGAGAUCGAUUAGAGAAGUGUUAAUGGCAGUUGUAUCUGGAGUUCCGAUUAACGAUCCGAUUCCUGUUGACAUCAUGGCGCUUUCCUUUAGUAGGAAUGGCUAUAGUUGGAGAAAGAACCGCAAGUCUCAAAGAAUUCAGAUUUACCCUGAUGAAAACAGCAAUCAAGCGACAGUUGUCAUAGCAACGAGAGCUACCAUAAGGGGUCGUUAUGUACGUAUAAAUAUACCCCCUUAUAGCCCUGUGGUCGGCGAUGGCUUUUCGUACAAUGUGGAGAUGUACGGCUGUGGCUCUUCAAAAAGUUUAGAGAAAGGACCACAAGCGAUCGGUGUCGCAUCUCGCCUAGAGGUCCCAGACUCCCAAUUUAAUUCACCGUCCAGCCUCGAAACCAUGCACAGCCCGGCCCUUGCUAGACUCGACACAAAACAGAGUGGUGGGGGGUGGUGUGCGGCGACAUGUGACCCGUCGGCGUAUCUUGAGAUCGAUCUUGGGAAAGCAUGGCAAAUAGUGCAGAUUGAAGUACAAGGACAACAUACAACUAAUGGUAACCUUGCCGCUGUUCGAACCUUCUCCCUCUCGACUAGUCUUGACGGAGCUGCCUGGGAACCAUUCAAACAAGACGGUGUUACAAAGGUUUUUCUUGGAAAUUUUGUGGAAAACAUGUCAACAAAACAUCAAUUACUCAAGCCCCUCACGGCCAGAUACGUCCGAUUCGAACCCAGGACUUGCAGCCAGAAUGCGUGCAUGCGCAUUGAACUAUAUGGCUACGCCAUUGGAGAGACAGAAAUACCAAACGUUUAUGGAAGAUCGAUGCUUCUGAAAAAGUCAACUGGUGAAAUGUUUGUAUGCGUCACAGAACGCAUCAAGUUCAAAGCGUCUUGUCACGUGACCAGAGACAUGGGAAUUACAUGGACACCAUUGUUUUUCAAAGUGUUAAACGUCAUCGCGUUCGAUCCAGUGAGACAGAUCCUGUACGGUCUGUCAAUCAACAAACGGUACAUGAGAAGCAGAAACGGAAGAAACUGGGCAGGCAUGUCUAGAUGGAAAUGGACCUUCAUCCGGGACAAUCCCUUUCUAAUAACAGCAGUAGAGAUCCCGUUCAUACCACUGAAUAAGCAAAACUACCCGGAAAUUGAGCCGCUAGUUGAGCUGACCAGCAACGCGGGCGAUAAAUGGACGGCUGACCAGCUUGGGGUGUACCAUACACCGCCUUCAGGGUCCCCGAGCCUCGUUGCGUCUUUUCUUCCACACCCUGCUUAUGAGCUCUCUCAAGAUAUUUGUCACCUUGGGGUAUGCGUCCACGGGAAAUGCCGAAACCGCGGUAGGCGACGAUACCAGUGUCACUGUAUGCCUGGAUACGAUGGCAACAACUGUGGGAAAAAAAUCGAUCACUGCGCGUCGGUGAGUACUCCAUGUAUGAAUGGAGGGACGUGCUAUAGCAGACCUUGGCGGCACGCCUGCAAGUGCCCUGGGUACUACAUCGGGAGUAAGUGCGAAACAUUUGAUUACUGCAAAGCGUCCGGAGACCCGUGUUUGAACGGUGGCUCGUGUACAAAUGGUGCCUCGAACUACAUAUGCACCUGCAGACCUGGAUACCGCGGAACCAGAUGCGAAGCGCGAGACUAUUGUCAAGGUAGCCCUUGUCUUAACGGUGGCACGUGUUCACAAGGAAACCAAACCUUCGUCUGUGCAUGCGCGGUAGGAUGGCGUGGCUCACAAUGCAAUGUGGCUGAUCACUGUUCACCCACCCCUUGUCUCAAUGGCGGAACGUGUGUGAACCAAGGGUCAUCCUACAAUUGUACCUGCCCUGCACAGUUCUCGGGAGUUAUUUGUCAAGAUUCUAACGAAUGCUUCAGUAAUCCUUGUAUGAAUGCGGGGACGUGCGUGGAUGGCGUGAACAGUUAUACGUGCACGUGCGCAGAGGGAUGGACUGGAUCUCGAUGCGAAUCUUCUGUUUGCCUUAGUAAUCCGUGCAAAAACGGUGGUACAUGUUGGCAGGGGAACGGCGGCUACUAUUGCAAUUGCACUUCUAACUAUGGAGGAUACAACUGCGAGCACGGUACUUUUCUGACACAACGGUGUACAUCUUUCUCUGGUAAAUUCACCUACAAGCCGGAAAAAUGGGAGAAAAUCGCCUUCAGGACCGAUCAAGACAUGAUGCUCUUCGCUAUCUGUCCUCAAACAUUCAAGAUAGGAAUGAGCCAGAUAAGACAAACCAUCGACAUGCGAUUACGAGUCGCCGAUGAAACUCAAGUGCUAAGAAAAGUAUCUGGAUAUUUUACGAUGACCUCAAGUACAACAUACUUAGCUUGUCCAGCCUUCUUCUCGCCAUUCAAAUUAUUGGCAGGCGUGACGUACAUAGCCGAGGUAUUGGUUACUGCAGGAGAUAUGACCGUCGAAGGGCAAACCAAUUGUUACGCCGAAAACAAUUACGGAUGGAACGAUCCCACUUACGAUAAAGCUUCAACUACUAUUUCAUGGGAGACUGUAUCCAGCAACGAGCAAAUCAAUGCUGGGAUCACGAACCAACAAGGAGGGAUGAUAAGAAGUUUGUUAAUGCAAUUUGUGUUGGAGUGAUUACUCAUCAACGCCCACUAACCAAUAACGUGCAUUUUUCUUUACUCAGCGAUUCAGUUUGGUAGCUAAAAAUGAUUUAUACUCCACACUUAACAAAAAGAACACUCUUCCACCCCAUUCCCCCCUCCUUUUUUUAUCAUUAUUAGUCUGCUUCAGUUUUUUUCAAAAGUUUUUAUUUGUAAAACUAUCUUUUUGUUACUGAAGUUGGGUUACUUUUUGCUUUAGAUGCAUUAAUGCAAUGCCUUAUGUACUAGAAAACCCUUUAUAUCUAGAAAUCUUGCUUUUAGCAAGGGUCCAUUUGCUAGGGGGGCAAUGAUAGUCAGUGCUUUGUACCAGCCUCUUUGUCAAAACGUGAAUAAAAUAAACCACUAACCACAACUUGA